AUAUCGGAAGAGGCGGGCACGGCAAGGGCAAAGAAAUAGGAGCAACACACCGUCGUCGCGCAACAGAGAGAAACGAGACACCAAACGCGGCUCGAUGAAAGCCUCUGCCGGUAAAAGCCGUUGCAAAUAUUUGCUUAUCCUAUUAUGCUGUGGCUCCUAUCAACUAUGGAUGGGGUUCCACGGCUUGGGCACAAACGUGCCCACAAACCAGAACGACAUUUACUCGGACCAGACAGAGGUAUCGCCCUUUUGGAGGCAGCAGCGGCCACAAGAGCAGCAUGAUCGAAACCGUAUCUCUCGAGUGAUUUCAAAUCAAUCUGCCCGCGGUUACAACCAAGGCUUCGAUAUUGGUACAAAGACCGUUCACAGUGGUAGUAUCAACGGUACAAGUUCUGCGAUACAGCUGAGGCCUACAAAAGUAAAGGAUACUGCACCAUUAAAUGACACUGCAACGAAGCUUAGCAAAGAGGACCACGAAAAGAACAACAAUUCGACCGACAUCGAGACUAGAAUUACGUUGGAUUUGGAACCACCAGUGGACACCAGCGAGCUAAGCGUCGAGAAAAAGGGGGAGCAGGAAAAGACAAGCAACGAGUUCGGCAACGAAUCGAACAACGAAGACACCAGAAAAUCCAACGACGAACCAGCAGCGCCGGCAAGUGACCAAUCAAUCGACGACAAGUUCUACGAUGGCUUUUUCUUUUCCGAUUACACCAAUGCCUGGACCGAACAAGAGGAACACCCGACAGCAGGCUUCAUCGGUCAGGACGCCUUCUCGGGUUCGUGGUGGCAGAGCAAGGAGCAGUUUCUCCGCUACGAGGAGGUUGAAAACGAAAACCCUCCAUCACCGGAAGGUGCCUCUUUUGAUGUCAUGGACAUUAACGACGACAACAUGCGCGUCACGAGGGAUUGGAUCGACCUCAACGUGGAGCACAUGUCGAGGUGGUUUCGGGGACUGCUGGAAACCAGGCACAAUUCGAAUCCUCAACCGACACUGGAGCGAAUAUUGGAAAUCUUCCAAAACUACGUCCAUUCUGAGGAUCGCUUGUUCAUGUGGGAACGCCUCGAGCAUGAAAGUGACCGCGCCAAACACCAACACCACCACAAUCACAUUCAUAACUUUGAUGCACAAGACUGGCUUGAGGUGUCCCAGUCUACGAUUGCCGUCAUUGCCUACAUGCCUUAUGGUCAAUAUGGAGGAGCGGAAAUCACCAAGUGGUCACUGGCCGCAACGAUGAUGUCCCUUGUCCAGCUGGGAGUUGGCCGUAUUAUUGUCUCGGGGAAUCAAGACAGCUACGACCAACAGUCAUUCGUGCAAGAGGCCUGGCAAGAAGUUCUGGAAGUGACCAAAAGCUGGACCACCUCCAAACAAAAACGAAUGACGACACACAGCUUUUGUAGCUGCGACAAGGAAAUCCUCACCGACAAAGCCAACGCAACCGAAGGUGAAAAUAAGACGACCGCAACCGCAACUACGGCGUCUCUUGUCGAGAGUAACAUCCCCUACGCCGCUCUGAGACGGCUGCGAUACAUCCUUCUCCACCGAGACGAUGAGUUUGCCAAAGGCAAGGACAAGGCCGAAGCCAUCCGGCGGUGCUGGGCGGGGUCAAGUAAAGGCCAACAAAACAAGACCGAUAGCGAUGACAGUGAUCCCAUGGAUCAGUGGAAGUACGUCUUCUUGGGAGAGCCAGACCUGAUCCUCAACACGAGGCCUCUUGCUCUGCCGAAACUCGCAGGGGCACUCACGGGGGGCGGGGUGUUGGCACCACAUAGGCUGCAACCACUUCCGCACGCAUCGGACUUUGGUGUGAACGGAUUGGACCUCGAUAGCCUCAAGCUCCUGAUUCCGAACCUUCCCCCCCACUUUGACAACAUCGCCCAGAUCGACCAGUACGAACGCAUUAGCAACGACGACACCCACAGCAGCGGAAAUCAUGGCGGCGACAUCCAUGGCCACGGUACCAAAACCCGACUGUCGAACCAUGCCUGUUGCGAUGCUGGUAACCAGAAACCAUAUCGUCAAUUCGAAACCUGCGACAGCUGGUGGUGGAAUUGUGCCUUUACGGCAUUGCAGUACUACGAUGACAAUCAUUAUGAGGGUGCCCUCGAAGCUCUUGUUGAAAGCAACAACGAAACUUAUGUGCUAGACCUGCACAAGCGGCACUCUGUAUAUCCCAUGGUCCGGCUCAAGCGAGGAACGGGGGUGGUUUUUGCCGGUGGUGAGUCAGGGAGAAUGUGCAACCCUUCCCAAUUAGGAACCUGCAAACGACAAGACAAAACGGAACGAAAUGAAAUGAAAGAGAACCAGUCGAAAAAGAAUCGAUGAUAUAGAAUAGAAUGGAAAAUCGCUACUUAAUCACGAGCAUCUUAUCGCUCGGUAACAAGGAUGACAUCUUGGGGAUCUCGAUUUCAAUGCGAACGGUUAAUUGAAAUCUGUUUGAGCCAACGCGAAUCGAUGCAUUCUUCCGCCAGGAAUCACUGAGUAUAAUUUGACUAGUCCAAUAUAAUAAACAUACAUCC